AUGGCACUGAACCCAGCCAUUCAAGCAACUAUCGAUCUCUUGGCAGGAGCUGCAGGUAUGGCACAGGAAAGCAAAACUAUCUCUUCUACUCUACUCUAAAAUGUAUAUAUGCUACAUUAAAAGCAUCUUUGUCACAUAUCCAUAAUAGACAAUAUUCACAUUAAUGUGUUAUGAAUGUGUGAGCUAGGUUACAGUUAGUUAUACUGGGGUGGAAUUUUUUAUUAAUCUUUUUUUAGUUAAAAAAAUAUAUAUAUAAAUAAUUUUGCUUAAUAAGACCACCCCUUCUAAAACUUUCCGCCAAACUGCAAUUUUUGCUGGUUUACUCCAUUUAUACAACUGUAUAUGAUCAUAGCAUAGUUGUAUGGGACUUGGCAGUUCAGCUGCUAGUUCGAUGCAAUAGAGAGCAGCCACCUAAACUACAAGUCCUUGAAAUGGUGUGCAUUGGUUUAUGGGAGAUUCUCAGUGCUGCAAUAGAAAGUUAAAUGUGCCUUUUGCUUUGAUUGUCCAAUCAAAUGCUUCUCAUAGAGAGGCAUGUAAUUGCAUCAAUCUAAGUUACUCAGAGCGUAUGUGUGCAUUCUGAGCCGGGAAGCAGAGGGAGUGGGGGGUGGACAUAGAAAAGGUUUAAAAAAAGAGACCAUGACUGUCAUAGUAUGGAGUUGGAGAGGGCUGGAAGGGAGCACAUGAAGGGAGUGAGAGAGGAAGCAGAGAUACAAGCCUCCCCUUUGUAGAAGCUGAUUGCAUCUGUCACCAGUGCGAGUGCUUGUAAAAGCAGAAGUGGUCAUGGAGGCUGGAGUAAUCCUUUAAAGGACUAUUAUGGGCACCUCAACAACUUCAUCAGAAUUAAUUUGUUAUGAUGCAUGGAGGUCCCAGCUCCUAGUGCAAGGCUUCCUGAUUAAAGCCUCAGACAUUGAGCAGAUGUUCAGGGGCAGAGCAAUCGGCGCCGACAUGACGAAUUUGAAGUUAAACCAUAAAAAAACAUUUUAAUCACUUCUGGUAAGCCUGUAAUUAGGUUGUUAUGGUGCCUUAAAAAACACAGACAGACUAAAUAAUAAGACUAAAGGAUGGCAUGAGCACUUUUUAUAGUUCUGAUACCCUGUUAUACUAGAUUUGGGAGACUCAUGAAGAUCUGUGUGAGGUUAGAGCUGAUUUGUCAUAUAACGUCUUAUGAGUUUCCAGAGCCUAGAGUAAGAGUGCAUUGGGCCUGGGAUCCCUGUAUUCAGAAAUAUUACACCAGUUAUUUUGUUUGUUCAUUUCUGUUAAAAGAAUCAUUUGCAUUUCUGUUAAAUGUAUUCCAGGUGGUACUGCAUGUGUGCUAAGUGGUCAGCCCUUUGACACCAUAAAAGUGAAGAUGCAGACAUUUCCCACCAUGUACCGGGGGCUCCUAGACUGUGCUGUGAAGACGCACAAGCAGAUCGGGUUCAAAGGAUUCUAUAAAGGAACCAGCCCUGCAUUGGUUGCCAACAUAGCCGAAAACUCUGUACUCUUUAUGAGCUAUGGGUUUUGUCAGAGAGUUGUCAGAUCCAUUGCUGGCAUAGACACAAACACACAGCUAAGGUAAGUGACUGACUACUUUUUCUGCAUCUGAGUAACAUUAAUUUAUCUCUUAAAUCCUUUCUCUAGGAAUAUGUUGUAUUUGUUAGAUCUUAUAAUAAAAUUUGAAUAUAAAUACAAGAUUUGCUUUAUGCUCACCACUAGGCUAAAGACUGAAAGGUUAAUUCUCUAAAGUAGGAAUUCAUCAGAAAUUAAAACUUUUAUAGCAAAAGACAAAUAGCAGAGAAAAGCAGACUUUUUCCAUGUUUACUAUAUUGGACUGAAAAUUUAAAUUCCUCUGUCAAUCACAAUGAUUCCCGUUUAUUGAAUAAACCCACAAACACUAUAUUAUCCUCUAGAAUGUCCAUUUGGAGUUCUCACUAGAGCUGGUGCUGACCUUCCAAGGUUCUAGAAUGGCCUUCAACCUGCAUACAGUAACCCACCAGAUCUGUUUUAUGCAGUGGCUUCCAUGGGGCCCUGGUGCGAAACUGAUCAGUGGGCCCCCUCCAUCCCACCCUACCUCCCGACAGAUACAAAUACAUGCAUACAUACAAACAGACAGGCGCACACACAUAUUCAGACACAUGCAUACAUACAGACCAACACAGACAGGCACACACACAUACAAAGACACAUACAUACAAACAGACAGGCACACAUACAAACACACACACACACAAAAUGUUUGUCACCCUCCUGUUUCCUACCUUUUAGGUGCAGGAGAGUGACUUUUCCUGUGGUCCAGUGAUGGCUCAGGUUGAUGGGAGUCAGAGUUCCCACUCUGACUCCCUCCUCUGCUUCCUCCCACGCGGGCUCUGUGUGAUUGCUGGGAGGAGUGACCGGGGCAGUCACUUCCUCCCAACAGUGAUGUCAUCUCAGGGUGCCCGGUCGCGCUGUUGAAGCGCUCAGCGCUGACCGGGCCCCCUGACAAUCCAUCUCCAUCGGGUGGCCUUAACAGCAUGGGCCCUUGGAUGGCAGCCCCGGCGAUUUGCUGCGCAGGCUGGGGCCGCAAAAGAUAGCGGUGGGUACCUGGUCGCAGGGGUCCGCAGGGCGGCUGGGCCCCCUGAAGUGACGGGCCCGGUCGCAGCUGCGACCGUGUUAUGUACGCCACUGGUUUUAUGACAUCAUUGGUUUAAUAGGAUAUGAAAUUUCAGCAAUGUUUCUAUAUCAUAUUAAGCCCUACCUUUUAAAUUAUUGGCUAGUACUAGUUUUAGAUAGAGGCAAAGGCUAGAACCAGAUCAGGGAGUUGUUCACUAACAUUUGGUUUUGCCUUUGAAAGGCAACAUUGGGGAUAAUUCCUCAAUUUGCCAUGGAGGUACUCAUAAACUCACUAAGGGAAUGGAGCUUUCUACAUUUCCCAGACCACCUGUGGUUCCCCAGGGGCCCCCUGCAGAGGGAGACUCAGCCCCUUACACAAAGGCAGACAUCGAAGCCCUCCUGCAGGAGCUCAGAGCAAUGUUCCAGGCGGAUGUGGCCACAGACAUAGCCCGUGGCUCACUACAGAAGGAUAUUGCUGGUCUGCAAUGCUGCAUGGCAGCCCUGGAAGACAGGACCAGGGCUAGAAAUAUAAGACUAAGAGGAGUACCUGAGACAGUCACGGCAGAUGAGCUAACACACAAUAUUAGACGGCUUAAAGCUACACCACUACCGCCGAAACAGGACAAGAUGGGGGUGAUGGACUUUUGCUUCCGCCUACCUAAACCAGCUGAGGCACCACCGGAGACCCCUAGAGAUGUUUGUAACGCAUCACCUGGCACCCCGACUGGGUACCUCCGUUGAUGGAUGCUCCUAGCGCUUCUUGAGGAUUCCAAGCACUCUAGCCAACACCACAACCACCGCAGGACGAACCUCUCUUCCUUCAGAGCGAAGCAGGAAUGAGCUCUUAAAAGAGCUUAGCAGUGAUUAUAGCAAAAUAAUAUGCAAAAAUAAUAUGCCCGAAUAGUUAUAGAAUACAGUUAUAUAGUCCAAUCGCAGGGUGGGGUCUGUUCUCAACAAGAUUAGAAAGGGGAAGAUUCGCUAAACAGUUACUUCCCAUAUAGACAACCUAAAAUGGGGAUAUCAAGAGAUUAUUGCCACAUUAAGGAUUAUGCUAAUUAUAGAGAGGGGAAUAGGGAUGGAUAGUUAUAGGAGGCUACAGCGUCUACGGUGAGGGGAGAGGGGUAACAAGGAAAAUAGUAGAAUCCACAAUACAAAAAGGAGUGAAUCCUGUAACUCUUCCUUCCUUAAUAGGUGCUUAAAUGCUGUAUAGAUCCAUUUGCUGUUCUGACAAAUAUACUAGCUGCAGCUACUUGCCAAAGUCUAGGCUAAAUAGAGUAAACUUCUCCUAGUUCUCCCUAUCUGCACCUUUGUGGGUGCUAAUAAUAAUAUCAGCUAUCACAGCUACAGCUACCUGCCGAAUGCUAGGUUAAAUAGUAGAGUAGACUUCUACUAGUUCUCCAUGUCUGCACCUUCAUGGGUGCUAAUAAUAGUAUGUAACUGAGGUACUCCUAUUCUGAGUCACCAAUACCUUCGAUAUCUAUCCUUGUGGCAAUCCCCAUAAAAUUCCCUGCAAUCCCACCAACACCCUAUUAAUCAAAAUAGUGAAUCCGUGAUAAAUCAGUGCAUAGUGCAAGUUAAAUAAAAUUAAAUAAACCCUACGCGCGUUUCGGUGCUCAAACAGCACUUUCGUCUACUGUCAAUUCUGUGCAAUAUAACAUCUGUCAUUAGUGCUGAAAGCAGGCGCAAUGGUCAAUACUUCCUGCAAGGGGAAGCCUUGGUUUUCCCUCGCUCCUUCUCUAUGUACGCUAUUUUUCCCUCGCUCCUUCCCUCUGUACGCUAUUUUCUCUCGCUCCUUCCUAAUACGACCAGAAUAGGUUCUGGCACAGAAGUAGAUUUCUAAGGAUUUAAAGAGGCAUUAAACAAUUGCUUCUAAGAAGCACAACUGUAUAUGUUUGACACCUCUGCUUUAGUGAUUAAGCCAUCUUCUCUGACUGUGAAGCAGUGUCUGUAUAUUAUAGAAGUUUGUUUUGUAUUAUUGUUGUGCGGUUGAUUGAUGUAGUUAUUUGUUUUUCUCUCCCUUUGCAGUGAUCUACAAAAUGCAGCCGCUGGGUCAGUAGCUUCAAUUUUUGCCGCCCUGGUUCUCUGUCCCACGGAGUUGGUAAAAUGCAGACUCCAAGCCAUGCAUGAGUUGCAGUUAUCUGGCAAGAUAUCACAGGGACAAAAGUAAGGCUGUCAUACAUGUAUUUACAUUGAGAUUAGACUAUUACUCUUGCAGAGUCUUCCUUAAAGGAACCCUAUAGUGUCAGGAAUACAAACCUGUAUUCCUGAAACUAUAGUCCUGAACCCGCCAUUUAGGUACCCCUGCCCCCCUCAUCCCCGGUUAAAAAGGUAUAAAACUCCACCCCAUCUCUGCCUCCUUGGCUAAGAUCAUCAAACUUGAUGAUCUCAGCCAAUUCAAUGCUUUCAUAUAGGAAAGCAUUGGGAGGCUGUUGUGCAUGAGUGGCAAAACGCACGCUGCACAAAUCAGCAUCUCCUCAUAGAGAUGCAUUGUAUCAAUGCAUAUCUAGGAAGUACGUUCAGCACCUCCAUGCAGAGCGUGGGGACGCUGAACGUCCGUGCUGGACACUAUGUAGCACUGACCCAGGAAGCACCUUUAGUGACCAUCUGAGUGACUGCCACUAAAGGUGUUACUAGGCUGUAUUGUAAACACUGGCUUUUCUUUGAAAGGGCAGUGUUUACAUUAAAGAGCCUGCAUGGACAGGCAGACACCAGAACAACUACUUUAAGCUGUAGUUGUUCUGGUGAUUAUAGUUUACGGUUAAUCAGACAUUCUAAAACUGAUCAAGUAAGACCUUUAUUCUAAUUUAAAGGAACACUCUCUUUAAAUCAAAACUGCAACAUUAAACUUGUCAUGUUGGCAUUAAUAAUGUCGACCUGUGCAUUUUAUCCACACAAACAUUUUAGGAGGAUAACAGCAUUCUAGAUCGUGGUUCAAAAAAAACAUAGUAGAAUUUGCCUAAAUGUGCAAGUAACUAUAUUUAUUAUAUUUUAGUAAUUAUAUUUUUAUAGCUCUUCCCAAUAAAAGUAUACCCGAAAAUCACUUUUAAUAUGUUUUGCCUUUUCAUUGUGGCUGAUUAAAUAACCCUUUUCUGAAUAAUUGCCUCUAUUGUAGCUUUAGGACAGGAUACACUAAACACAAUUUUCAGAUGUAGCAUAUGGUUAAAGAUGGAACUAUGUGUAAAGUAGCUGCAUUCUUGUUAUAUUGAUGUGUGUUGUGUGUGACACUGUUGUCCCAGGCCAUCAUAGCCUUUAAGGGUUUAGCCAUCCGAUCUUUAACCCCUUAAGGACACAUGACAUGUCUGACAUGUCAUGAUUCCCUUUUAUUCCAGAAGUUUGGUCCUUAAGGGGUUAAAGCUGUUUUCCAGGUAAUAAAGUGAGGAUUGUCUGGAAUUCAGAAUGAGUUUAAAGUGAAUAUCAAAUUCAAGGCCAAAGUAGCCAGACUGGUGGCAUGUUUGAUUUGAAAUUUUUUUCUUGUUUGGCUAUCUCGGCUAAAGCUUUUUUUUUUUUUUGUCAAUCUAUUUCUAUUAUUGAAGGUAUAUAGAUGGUCCUUACAUAGAAAGAUUCAAAGCCGAGAAGUACACGUUUCAAAACAAAUAAAAUCGUUUAGCAAAUUUGAAAUUCAGAAUUUUGCAUUCCUGAAAAGGUCUCACUUUAGUAAAUAGCUCUAUUCCUGUUGAGCUAGACCAAAUGAAAUCAGUAAAAUUGUGUAGAAUGUUUUCAGGCAGACUUGGGGCUUACACAUAAAUCAUGGGAACUCCAUGUUGCCUGUAGUCCACCUGUUUUAAGAUGAAAAUCAUUAAUGCACAGAAUUAAUAUACACACGUUUUGCAUGCCCCAUGUUCUUACUGAUGUGAUAUCCUUUUGAAUAUAACAACUUUAUUUUGUUUUAUCUGUAUCAGUACAGUUUGGUCAGUAGUAAAAGGAAUUGUACAAAGAAAAGGCCCCCUAGGUUUCUACCAGGGUCUGACGAGCACAAUUUGCAGAGAAAUGCCAGGCUAUUUUUUUUUCUUCGGGGGAUAUGAACUGAGCAAGACAUUCUUUGCAUCAGGAGGGAAAUCGAAAGAUGAACUUGGUGAGAAGAUUACUAACUGCUUAUUUAAUGUUUCAAAAAACAAACUUGUGCAAAUCACAAAGAUUAGUCCCCGAUCUGGAAAAGUCUCCAACACAGCUUGGCUAUAUUUGUGUGAAUGUUUGCCUUUUUGGUUUCAGUUAACUACAGUUCAGAAUUUUGUAAAUAAACAGUUUAUUGUUAAUCUGAUUCAGAUAUUUUUCAUUUUUCUAAAGGGACACUGUAGUCACCAGAACAACUACUGAAUUUGUUCUGGUGAGUAGAAUCAUUACCUUCAGGCUUUUUGCUGUAAACACUGUCUUUUCAGAGAAAAUGCCGUAUCUACAUUACAGUGUAGGGCAGGAAUAGGCAACCUUCGGCACUGCAGAUGUUUUGGACUACAUCUCCCAUGAUGCUUUGCCAGCAUUAUGGGUGUAAGAACAUUAAGGGGGAUGUAGUCCACAACAUCUGGAGUGCCGAAGUUGCCUACCCCUGGCAUACGGAUAACUCCACUAGCCACUCCUCAGAUGGCAACUAGAGAUGCCUUAUUGGGCAGUGCUGCACUGUGUGCAGCACUGCCAUUUAAUAUCUCAACCCUCUGAAUAGAGACACUGAACUUUUAUCAUAGAGAUGCAUUGACUCAAUGCAUCUCUAUGAAGAGUUGCUGAUUGGCCAGGGCUGUGUUUGGCUGUGUUUGGCCAGGGCUGUGUUUGGCUCUUAUCUGUCUCUUUGACAGUCUCAGCCAAUCCUUUGGGAAAGCAUUGUGAUUGGCUGAGAGAAUCACUUCUGAUUAUGUCAGCCAAGCAGGCAGAUCAGGGGAAGAGUCAGCAGCUGCAGACUUGAAUAGAACUAAAAUUUUAUUAUAUUUAGGGGAGAGCCAGGGGGGGCUAGAUGGUGAUUUUAACACUAUAGGGUAGGGAAUACAUGUUUGUGUUCCUGACCCUAUGGUAUUCAUUUAAAGAUAGUCUUUUUUUUUUUUUAUAAAAAGCCAAUGUUAUUCCUGUAUAUUGGGGAGGGGAAAUUACAUUUAAAUGCUGUGUGUUGAGAUGGAGUCAUAUUGAGUUACCUUCAGUAGCUUUGGAGAGUUCCGCUGCCAGUAAACGACUGUAGUAUUCCGUGUCAAGAUUAGUAUUUAUGUGAUGUUCCUGUGAGUCUUGUUAGAAAGGCAGAACAAGGUUAAAACAAGUUGUUGUUUUUUUUGUUUUGUUUUUUUUCUACUUCUGUAACCUCCUAGGUCCAGUUGCUCUGAUGAUAAGUGGUGGUGUAGGAGGAAUUGCGUUGUGGCUUGCAGUGUUUCCAGUGGACUGCAUCAAAUCCAGAAUCCAGGUCCUCUCCAUCACAGGAAAACAAGCUGGCUUCAUGAGUACAUUUUCAAGCAUUGUCAAAAAUGAAGGUAUAUCCUCAAAUAAAUAGAAAAAACAAUUCACAUUCCAUAAUGUCACUCCUAUGCCCACUGAUUUGUCCUGCUUAAAUCAGUUUUAAGGAUCAGAAAUGCCUCCAAGUUUCCAGUACCAAGUUAGAUAUCUAGAUGCCAUCACCAGAGUUCAAUUUAACAGAAACAAUGCAAUGUAUCUCUUUGUCACCAGUCAUGGAGUCAUAAUGAGCAGGUCUUUAGUCCUCAGAACGCCAUAGGAACUUGACCGAGUCAGAAGAAUCAGAGCAACUUGUGCCCCACAAAAUCUGGGUGGGCAAGAACACUCUACUUUAUACAUGCAAUAUUCAGCCUUCUGACACUCACCCAAGUGAUAGCACUAUUAUUCUCAUAUUGUGAGAAGCAUAUUGUAGGUCAAUGUAUGAAUGUAUCAAAGCUGCAAAAUAUCUGUCAUUAUUACUGUUGCUGUAGCAGUUUAAAAGACAUGGCUGUGCUCCCAUUGAAAGCAAUAGAUGGACAAGGAAUGGCUGGUAAACCUCAGCCACAUUCUGGUCUCUGCAUGAAUUGCUGAAAAACUGCAGAUUAUUGGUGCCUUUAGAGUAAUCUGUCAUUUGUCCUUUUUAGUUUUUUUUUUUUGUAUUAGUAAACGAUGUCCCCAAUGUAAUGUGGAGUGAUCUCAAGCCCAGAGACACACACACACACACACACACACACUCUCUCUCUCUCUCUCGUAUAUAUUUUACUUUGUCUUGCCCUGCAUGCUAAAGCUAGUUGUCCCCAGCCCCACUCAACAUUGUUGGCUUGUUAACUUAAAUGUUAUUCACCUAUCUGCUUAUUUCUAAAGACCUUCUACAACCCACCCCCCCCUUAUUUUAUUGAUACCCACCCAAAUGUCUCGCUUGAUCAAUCCUCACCACAUCUGUGCAUCUCCAUUCCAUAGCUUUAUUGCAGGCCCUUUUGACCCUAUCAUCUGUCUUCCACAGUCUGAGUUAAAAUGUUACCUGUUGAAAACCAGAACAGUUCUCCGUUGACCGCCCACUCCUCCCCUCACCACCCCACCCCACCCCACCACACCACACCACAAGCUUUUUAUUCCAUUUAUAGAUAGAAUCUCACAUACAAUUUUAGAUAAUUAGAAAUAACCGCUGCAAACACUACCCGAAAUCAGAACACUCCUACACUCCCUUAAGCCUUAACACUCAGUCCUCAUUCUCCUUACUUCUGCUUUUCUCAAAGUACUUCUGAGCAAUGUUCUAUCUUCUCCUCUUCUCCCAUCUCCCUCAGCAUCAAAAUAUCUCUUUACACGUACUUCCCUCAACAACUCAAUCACAUCCACGUUAAUCCAUCUCUGCCCUGCACUUAUUUCUCUAUUCUUUCUCUCCUGCUCCCACCCAACCUCAUCCUAGACCAAACCCUUAUAAAACCCAUUCACAUCUCCUGUCACUAUCUCUCUCCCAACCCAGGGCCCCUCACCUCGGCUGCUCACACUAAAAAUACUAGAAACCACGCAAACCUCAUCCAAAUACCCUGUAGUUUAUCCUCUUCUACCAACAUUCACUGUGCACUAGCACUCACUAAGACCUGGCUUUUCCCCUCUGAUACCGCUACUCCAGCUUCUUUAUGUUUCAGUGGACUACAAUUCUUCCAGAAUCAACUGUAAAGGCAGCGGUGUAGGUAUCCUUUUCUCGCCUCAAUGUACUUUUCAAUCUAUCCUCUCUGCCCCUGCACUAUCCUUUGCUUCCUUUGAAGUUCACACUGUCCGCAUUUUUAAGCCCACUCCUUUAAGAAUUGCCAUCUUCUACUGCCCCCCCUGGUCAUCCUUGGCUAUUCAGUGAACACUUUUCUUCCUAACUACCCCACUUUCCCUCCUUUAGCACACCUUCCCUCAUACUUUGGGAUUUUAACAUCCCACUCAACAUUGCCCUGAUGCCUCCCGUCUGCUCUGUGUAACCUCCUUCGGCCUCACACAGUGGUCUACUUCAGCAACUCAUACAGCAGGAAAUACUCUUCACCUCAUCUUCAACAAUCUCUGUACCACCUCCAAUCUCUCCACUGUACCAUUACCUUUAUCUGACCACCAUCUGCUGACCUUUGACAUCAGCAUACCCCAUACCCAAAUUUCACCACCCUCAACUCUCCAAUCUCGCAGAAACCUCCACUGUCUUGAUCUCCAGCAUUUCUCCACCAAACUAGACAUCAUGGCACCUCCUACAUUUACAAGCAGCAAGCAUUCCCAAUUAAAACGCUGACACACCAUGCUGACCCGAUAUCUCCAAAAAUGUUCAAAAACUGCUGAACGCUUUUAGGAGAAAGUAUCACUCUUCACCUGACUUCCUCCACUAUAAAUGUAUGCUGCGUUCCUACACUCUGGCUCUUUCCUUUGCAAAAGUAAAUUACUUCAAUAUCCUCAUAACCACACUCUCUCGCGAACCCAAACGACAAUUUCACACUUUUAAUGCUCUCCUUCGCCCUGUUGCUCCCCCUCCUCCUGUCGGCCUUAAACUUUGCAGCUCACUUCACUGAGAAGAUUUCUACAAUCAGGGAAGAGAUCUGUAACCUCUCUCCCUGCCCUUCCAAUACAUCACCCAACCCUACUCCCUCUGCUGUUCUAUGCUCAUUCGCACCUACUACAACGGAAGAGGUUUCAGCUCUGCUCCAGUCCUCCCACCCCACCACCUGUUCCCUCGAACCUAAUCCUUCAUAUCUCAUCCGCACUCUGUCUCCCUCUCUUGCUCUUCCGCUCACUCAAAUUUUCAAUCUCUCCCUUUCCUCCGGUACAUUUCCCUCACCCUUCAAGCAUGCAACCAUAAAGCCAUUUCUGAAAAAGUCCAACCAUGACCCCAACUCCCCAUCAAACUACCACCCUAUAUCGCUACUGCCAUUUGCCUCCAAGAUCCUUGAGAGAGUUGUGUAUGCGAGAUUGACAGAUUUCCUUGAAUCCAACUCUCUGCUUGACCCGCUUCAGUCUGGAUUCCGCGCUUGUCACUCUGUUGAAACAGCUUUGACCAAACUAUCCAAUGAUUUAAUCGCUGCUAAAUCUCACGGCCAUUACUCUAUCCUAAUUCUCCUUGAUCUUUCUCCUGCCUUUGACACUGUUGAUCAUCAACAGCUUAUUCCCAUUCUCUGUAAUCUCGGUCUAUGGGAUACUGUUCUCUUCUGGUUGUGCUCCUACCUCUCCCAAUGCUUUUUCAGUGUUUCUUUCUCUGGCACUGCCUCUUCUCCCUAUCCCUCUCUGUUGGUUUUGUCCUUGGUUCCCUACUGUUCUUUAUCUAUACUGUCUUCCUUGGUAAACUCAUCAGCUCCUUUUUGCUUCCAUUAUCAUUUAUAUGCAGAUGACACGCAAAUCUACCUGUCCUCUCCUGGUUUCUCUCCACCCUUGACUCAUGUCUCUGACUGCCUCUCCACGAUUUCCAACUGGAUGGCUGCUCACUUCCUUAAACUCAACCUGUCCAAAACAGAACUUCUGUUCUUUUCUCCCUCAAGUGUUGCUACUCCCGUGUCUGACUCCCUCCAUGUCAACGGCGCCAGCAUCACCUCUACCGCGCUGCCUAGGUGUUCUCUUUGACUCCGACCUCUCUUUCACCCCUCAUGUCCAGUCAAUCACAAAAUCCUGCCGCUUCCAUCUCAAAAACAUAGCUCGCAUCCACCCUUAUUUAACACCAGACGCAGCUAAGGUUCUGGUCCAUGCCGUUGUUCUUUCUCGCCUUGACUACUGCAAUCCACUUCUCAGUGGUCUUACGUGUUCCUAGAUUGCAUCGCUGUAAUCUAUAAUGAAUUCGGCGGCAAGGCUCGUUUUCCUGUCCGCCCUCACCUCCCACACCUCCCCCGUCUGUCACUCCCUACAUUGGCUUCCAGUUAGAUAUAGGGCUCAAUUUAAGAUUCUGGUGCUUGCUUACAAGUCCCUACAUAAUGCUGCUCCAACCUACCUAUCCUCCCUAAUACAAAUAUGUCCCGUCGAGGCCCCUGCACUCUGCCCAAGACCUACGCCUAUCCUCUGUCCGUACUCCCACAUCUGAUGCUCGCCUCCAAGACUUCUUCAAGGCUGCACCUUUUCUGUGGAACUCUCUUCCCUUCUCUGUAAGACUUUCACCCAAUCUCCACUCCUUCAAAAAAUCUUUGAAAACACACUUCUUCAGGAAAGCGUAUCAUUUAUACUGUUAGCGGGUUUUCAUCCCCCCAUCCCCAUGACUCCUCUCCUGCAACUGUCAAAAAUAAGUUCUCAGUGAUUACUUUUCUAGCAACCCAUUUCAUUAUCCCUACUUAUUCCCUCUGUGUCACUAUACCCUACUCCCUCUAGCAUUUAAGCUCAUUGAACAGCGCCCCCAACUGCACUGUUACUGUGCGUCCAUUUGUACUUUUACAAUUACGUGUCUGUUAGUCCACCCAUUGUACAGCGAUACGGAAUUUGCUGCCGCUAUAUAAAUAAUAUAAUAGUAAUAAUGGUGGUUAAAUGUGGUCACUGUAGACCUUGUAUGCUCAUUUUGUCCAGCAGGUGGUGCCCUCUGACAGGCCAUUUUUUGCUCACAGCGUUGUGAUAGGUUUAGUUUAAGCUGAUAUUGUGUCAGUAGUAAAUCGUAAAGAGUCAUUUUCCAAUUGUGGACGGGUAUAUUCUCCAUAGUCUUACUGCUUACUAACAUGGAUUUAACAGGAUUUACUGUUUCAAAUGUCCUAAUAAAAGAUGAAAUAUUAAAUCAAGGCAUACAUUAUAAUUUCAAUUAUUCGGAUCUGGUUGACGAAAUAUAUUACUGUAAGAAAGAAAUAGAAUAAAAUAUCAGUUGUUUCAGGAGAAGAAAGUGUUUAAUACUUUUGGUAUAGUUUGAGAAUUUUUAUUUAUUAGGGUUAUUCACUUAACAAGAAAUUCUUGAGAAUGGACAAGAGAAUUGCAUAUUUUAGGGAGGGAAGGAGGAGGAAGAUGUGUACAUCUGUUUGCAGUGUCUGCUGAUGACAAAUGUUUUUAUUUUUAUGCACAGAAUUGACAUUAGGCUCUGCUGCAAAUGUUGCGUCUGCUGGUGGUGCAACUAGCCCCCAGCACACAACUAACAAUAACUCGCUGUGACAUGUUUCAAGCAGAUACAUACUCCUACCACCAUGACCACUUCAAAUCACUGACGUGGUGAUUGUGGUUUGGAGUAACCCUUUAAAAAUAAUCUUUAUAAAGUCUUUUGGCAUCAAUGAAAGUGUCCUGGCAAUAAAGUAUUGUUAUAUAUAAAAUGUAAAAUAAAUAUAUUUAGGUGUUUUCUUCUUUUUAAGGUACUGUGAUUUUAAUGCUGUUCCCAUCAAUUUGUUUACCUGGAACACGUAUUCAAAUAUUGCAAAAUUAUUAUUUUAUUUGUGUGGCACCAUCAUAUUCUGCCGCAUUUGUUUUCCUUUUAUCAUAUUGUUUUUAUUAUACAGUAAAUCUUUCAGCAAUAAUUCCUAUUGAUAAAUAAUACAUGGCUGCUCUUAGAUACACUUUAACAUAAAAUAAAAUUUUCAUACGUUUUUCUAUCUUGCAGGAAUAUCAGCAUUAUAUUCAGGAUUGAAGCCUACUUUGAUCCGUGCAUUCCCAGCCAAUGGCAUCCUCUUCCUGACGUACGAGUACACUAGAAAACUGAUGAUGAGGCAGGUGGAGGCGUAUUAA